UGUUUUGAAUUGAUUUUUGUGUUAUCACCCGCCCGAGACAGGUUCCCAUUUGUACCAUUUGGUGAUGAAAAGUCGCAAUAUCCUGGAAUCCAAUCGAGUCAUGUAAAACAGAUCAAUUUCUACCCUCAAAAUCAGCAGAAUGUCAAAGUGUCAAGUUUUACUUCAGCGACAGUGAGUCAUAUGAUCAAUUUUUGGGUUUUGCGUGUUUGUGUGUCCGCAGUUGACAAACUCUAGGAUUUCCUGAAGAAUGAAUAAUGCAGAGCUUUCAAGCAGUUCCUGCUUUGAUUCAAAGUGGUUAAAAAACGAUCUACAAAAGCUUCUUACAAGAUGUGAGUUACCUACUCAUUGGAACGAAUUACUGAAAGAUGGGGAACUAUUUUUACCAAAAAAAGAUUCAUCUUUAAUUUACUCUCUUGGAAGUACUCAUGAAGGUGAUCGCAAAUUCCAGGGAAGCAAUCGAUCAUACUGCCAUGAGAAUGAGAACUUCAAAUGUACCUGUUUGGGAUCCUACAAAGUCAAAGCUGUAUCAUCUUUACCAUCCUCUCAAACCUUAAUUGAGUCUUGUAUCUUACGGCCCAAUCAGAGUAUCGAAGACUUAACACUUGCAGCUAAAGCACUAAUUUUUGAGCAGAGAGCCCUCAGUCAGCUUGUAGCAAGUUCAUCUUUAUUCUCUAGGUCACUACAACAGAGAUUAGCCGUAGCUCAGCGAUAUUUUAUUGCAUUUUCUAGGGAUUUUGAAAACUCCAAACCAGAAAAACUGCCCAAGAAUGUCGACAGUUGUCCCAUAACUGGAGAACAAAAAUGUGAAGCCAUCAACCCUGAAGUGGACCCUUCUUUCGGAUUUGCUCGCAUUGGAACAAGAGCUGCCCUAAAUUUUUCCUUCGCAUUUCUAAAAAAAGCAUGGAGAACAAAUGAAGACUGUGAACUUUGCACGGAUUUAUUAGAAGAAUGCUUAGAAGCAAUGCGAAUGUUGCCAGAAGCUUCCCUCUUUAAAGAAAAUGACUCGCAAGUAUCACCCGUUUGGUGUGAAAUUUUUGAAAAGUCAUCCAAAUUUCUGCGACAAGUUGUCUUGGGAGAAAUCGCUGCAAAUAAUGCGAGUCAUCCUGUUCCGAUCAAUGAUCAAUAUUUAGCGCUGUGCUUGUUGUUAGAGUUGGCUCUUCAAAAAGGCACUCUCAGUCAGUUACUUGAUUCUGUUUUGCUUUUACUUUCCCUACAUGAGAAAUCAAAGAAAGAAACUGAAAAUUGUUGCGAUCGGAAGAAGAAAAAUCCUCCUUUAGCCCCAUUUCUGAAAAGACUGAGCAGGAUUCAGCCAUUGAAAAAUUUUGCCACAUCUAACGAUGAAUGGAAUGAACAAGAGAUACAUGUAAGUCCCACAGAAUGUUUUCUACGAUACGUCGAGCUACCAAAAUCAGAUAGUGCUCCUAUUGAUGUCCGUGUUGCUGCUGUCACAAUUAUGUCACAAUUAGACCGCCUAGCUGCUCCAUUGCUUCCACCUUUGUCAUUUUCAUCACUCUCUCAUGGACAGCAAGAAUUGCAUACUUGGGGCUGGGUUCUGUGGGACGAACAGUGCUGUCAAAUCAUUAGUGAGCGGGGAAUCUCUUCCUUUGCUGCUUCCUCCAAAACGCUUUUAUUUACUACUCACUCCGGUCAGCUGUAUACAGUCAACCAAAAUGCAGAACUAUCGAAAGCAGAGGCUCUUUCGUCUCUCAAAAUAGUAGAAGUAGCCUCACACAUUGAAGGUAAUCACUUUCUUGCCCGAAGUGAUGAAGGUCAACUUUUUUCAUGGGGUGCUGGAGAUGGAGGUCGCUUGGGUCAUGGUAACACUUUGUCUCUUUCAACACCCACAUUGGUUGAAAGUCUAGCCUCUCAAAAAAUUGUCAAAAUUUCUUGUGGCAACACUUAUAGUGCUGCUGUUACUGACCAAGGACAGUUAUAUACCUGGGGCCGUGGGAAUUAUGGCCGUUUAGGACAUGGAUCUUUUGAUGACCAUCUGUCGCCAACUUUAGUAGCAGCAUUGAAGGAAUGGAAUGUAGUUGAUGUCUCAUGCGGUUUUGGUGAUGCACAAACUCUUGCUGUGACGGAUCAAGGUUUGGUUUUCUCUUGGGGUGAUGGCGAUUAUGGCAAACUUGGCCGUGGAGGAAGUGAUGGCUCCAAAGUUCCACUUGUAGUUGAAAUCUUGCAGAAUACAUUCAUCAAGAAAGUUUACUGUGGCUCCCAGUGCAGUUUUGCCCUUGCCAAGGAUGGGAGUGUUUAUUCAUGGGGGAAAGGAGAUAACUAUAUCCUGGGUCAUCCCUCUGAAGAACAUGUCCGCUAUCCUAAGUUAAUUCAAGCUUUAAAAGGCAAAUUUAUCAAAGAACUAAGCGUAGGGCUGUCACAUGCUCUAGCCUUAACUCAAGAUCAGAUGGUGUACGUCUGGGGCAAGACCGAUUUCACUAAUCCUGAGAAUCCAGAACGUAAUUUAAUUGAAACACCAACCGUGCUCAAUCAUUUCAACAGCAUGAAAAUAGUGGGAAUAGCUUGCUCCUUGACUCAGUGUUUUGCUUGGAGUGCAGUUGAAGAUUGGUCAAUAGACUUGAGAGCUCCAUUAGUCCUAGAUGUCAGUGAAGUAACUUUGAGUCGCUUGGAGGGACUAUUAUUAUCUGUGAUCGAGCCUCCCGGUGAAAGGCCACCAUCGCAAGGUUGUGAAUGCAUGAUGGUAGCUGCACUCAAUUUACUUCGACUUCAGCUUCACAGUGUCCUGAGUAAUCACGUUAGUUUACAAAGUGUCGGUUUGGAUUCCGGCUCAAAAUUGUUGCUCAGUCUCAGAAGUUUAAUUGUCGACUUGGCAAGCUGUCCGAAUGUUUUACCCACAAUUCAAAGAGCUGCUCAAGCUGUGCUGCAAGCAGGCUGGCAGAUUCUGCUACCAACUUCAAAUGAAAGAGCUCUAACUCUGUCCUCACUGCUACCAUCAUCUGAUGACAGCUCCACUCAUAUUCAUCAGGGACAGCAAUUCAUGGCAGAUCUUCUUGUUUCAACCUUGCUAGCAGAUGGUAGUUUAGAAGAGUUCUUAAUAAUUGCUAUCAAAGAAGAAAUGACUGAGAAUGGUCGUUUGACUGAAAAUUCACCCGUGCCUCUACUACACCUUGUCAAACAGCUUCUUAGGAAUUGUUUUUGUCAUUCCUUUAGACGUUUACAGCAAGGUUCACCCACCUGUUCUCCUGAUUCCUCGCUCUGUUUAAACAUGUUGCUUCAAUUCCAGAGGUUACUUUUCAUGGAACUUCAACCUCAAUGCAAGCAUUUAUCCUCAUCUAUAGAGCAACACAAUAUUGGUGCGGAGUUGCUACUCACUAAAUAUUUGCAACAGUUGAAUAAGAAUGUCAUUGAAGUCAUCAGUUUUGCAGCAGAGCAAAUCACGAAGAAUUUUGACACUUAUGAUAACAUUGUGAAAGUGAUGAAAGAUGAUGUGAUGGAUGUGCUUUUGCCAGAAGUAUUCAUUUGUUUAAUCAUGGUCCACCAACAUGUCCCACUGUUUCUAUCCAACGCUAACUGGCAGAGUUUAUUUGGUCCACUAAAUGAUGCCUUGGAAAACUUCAAUAAGUUGUCUCCAUACAACAGUAAUGAUGACAGCAAUAAUAUGGCCUGGCCAGGAAUGAUGUUUGACAUCUAUAAAUCACACCGUCAGAAUGUUUCUGAAGAUUCCAAACUCAUUCGAAAAGCAGAUGUGGAAAACCACAAUCGAGAUGGAGGCCUUUGGAUCGUAUGGAAUAAGAAAAUUUAUGACUUUCAUAACAUCAGGUUUGAUGGAACAAAUAGUGAUGAACUUCUGAAGAAAUGUCUGAAUAAUGAUCAUUCUUUUUGGCCAUUUAACCUAUCAGAUGAAUCUAAUUUCCUCGAGUCGCGUUUUGUAGGAAUUCUCUUCGAAGGUGAUAAAGGAUCUCAUCAGGCUAAUGAAAGCACCAGCUGUCAGACUUCACCUUUACUGGAUGUGCAUAAAUGUCUGAACUACCUGGUCGGCUUGCAUUCACAUUGGCUUGCUAUUAGCACGCCCCAGCAAAGCAUUGAAAUGAAAGCAAACAAUUAUUUAGCUGCACACUUCCUUCAAGGUGGUUUGCACUCGCUGGAGCCUCCUAGUCCUUUUGAAGAAAAAAGUGAAGCUCGAAGUGACUGUUCAACUCCUACUGAUUCUGGGUUUGAUUCAAACUUGAUCCAUGCAAUGGGAGACUUUAAAAUAUCGGACCAAGUGAUUGUCAUGUUUCAAAACAUCCUAGAAAAAUGCAGCAAAGGCUCUGAGAGUGUGAAAUUUUCAAGGGAUCAUCCUGUCGAAGAAGUAAUUAGGCUACUAAUUGCAGUUCUAAUCAAACAUCUUUCUCUUCAUACCACAGUCUUACGAUCAUUGGAUAAAGAUACAAUCGAUGCUUCAAGCAGACAAUUAGAUUUUAUAGGCAAAAUAAUUAAUCAGACAAAGUUAAAACUGAUCAAGAUUCGGCAGGAACAAAGUCGGUCCUACAAAGAAGUUUGCUCUCCCAUUUUAGAUAAAUGCAGGUUUUUACUUCAUGAAGUUCGACCCGCUGUAAGCCAUGAAGUGAAUGGCUUAAAAAAUUUACGCAUUCCGCAUUCUGAAUCUGCCUGGAGAAGAAUUUGCCGCAAAGUCAGCUCUGAUUUGAGGAAGAAAAAGAAAUCAAAACUGGGAUUACUGUCGGAAAAAUCCACCGUAAUCAAUGACAAAUUCGGCUGUGAUAGUAAUUGCGGGAGUAAGGAGGAAGGAAAUUCAGAAGCUCAUGGAGACUAUAAAAAAGAAGAGUCCUCCUGUGAUAAGAAAAAAGUUAGUUCUUUUGAGUGUGGUGGUGAAAACAGAAAAAGUGAUUCCGACAGUUUUAAUGAAAAAAGAAAAUCAUUAUUCCUGGACCACGAUAAGAAAAAAGGAAUAGGUCCGGAGAAGAGCAAUCUUAAGAAAGAAGCUGGAAAAUUUGGAAGCGAGUACUUUGACCCUUUCCUGUCUAAAAAUUGCGACAAAACUGAACUUACUAACUCAAUCGUUGAAUUUCUCCUUCAAGAAGACAGCUGUGAUGUAGAAACCUUGCGUAAAGCCAUGUACUGUCAAAUUGAGCGAGCCAAAUUACGUAAGGAAGGGUAUGCUCUUUUAAACACAUUCCUUCAUAAGAAAACAAACUCAUCAGCCAUAAAAUACAGUCUUCUAAACGGGUUCUCCAGUAUGAUCCCGGAGGAUUGUUUGGCAAGUUAUGAACUGUCUCAUUGUCUAGAUGAUAUUCAAUUGGUAACCCCCUUGCUUAAAGCAGAAAUACUUUUGAUUAAAUCUAAAGUCACCUCAUGGUGUAUCUCCAAUCUAAGAGAAAUUGCCAUAGUUAUUAAAAAUCAUCCACAAAAUCUAGAAAAUGUGAAACAAAUCGUCUGUGUUAGGUUUUUCCUUGCUAUUCUCAACUUAAUAACAAAUGCACACAAUAGUAAUGAGUUAGGUCUGAUACUGAACUCUGGAACAUUAGCCAUCAUCGAAAGUAUUUACAAAUGGAUAAACUUGUCCAGUUCAAAAACUAAGCGCAAACAGUUGGUACCUAUCAAUAAAAACAAGUCUCAUGGUUUUCAGCAAAAUAUUAGUACUUUACGCGAAUCCGAUGUCAGUAGUUUAUUUAAAGUUGGUGUCAAAGUUAUUAGAGGAGCAAAUUGGAAUUGGGGUGAUCAAGAUGGCCCUCCACCUGGAGAAGGAAGAGUGAUCAGAGGUUUGGAGGAUGGAUGGAUUCGCGUCCGCUGGGACAAUGGUGCCACAAAUGCCUACAGAAUGGGAAACGAAGGAAAAUUUGAUCUGAAGUUAGCCUCAAAUUCUGCCCCGGAGGAGGAAAAUUUAGGUAGCACUGAAGAAACUUCCAAGAAGAUGCCGGAUAUUAUUGAUCCAAGGACAGCUGUCGAAUCGUCAUACUUAAAUUUUGUUAAAGUUGUUUCGAUUCUUUGUGGUCUUAAAGGAGAUCAAAUGUCAGAAUCCUCUAUCAGAAUAUUCAGCAAUCAUUUGAGGAAAGGUGUAGAGUUGUGUGAAAAGAAUCAGGCAGGAGUGACAAUCGACAUGGAUGGAAAGUGGGCCACUCUUGGGUUUGUCAGAUCUGUCUCAAUCUGUAAUGCUUUGUGCCGUAUAUUUUGUACUCAGUCUUGGCUGGAUUUACUUCUAUCUGUUGCGUCCAACAGCAACAGUGUGAAUAUCGUUUCUCAAUUAAUGGCUUUUUCUUUGCUAAAAGUUGUUCUUCCAAAUGGUAUUGUUGAUGCUAAUAAACGGUACAUCAUCUUAGAAAGGUUAUUUACUCUCGUCGGACAGACCGCUUUUUGUUCAGGAUCCAUUCAAAACAAGCCUCUAAAAGUGACCGAUGUAGGCUCUGAAGAAGUUUCCUUGUUUGUAUCUAGGAGUAAUACCAUUUUGGAAGAAAGUAUUCUACUCUUGCGCAUUUUAUACAGCCACCCAAAUUGGACAUUGUCUUUUAAUCGACUGCUAGCAUCAAAAUUAUCAAUCACAAUCCAACUUUUAACUCAACUCAAAUUUGAAGGCAUUACUGAGAGCAAAAUCAGUUGCAAACAAGUCAGUGCUAUUGCACCACUACUGGUGAUUGGUGGAGUUGAACCAAAAUGUCGCAUCGGCUCUGUGGUGCAAGUCAGAGAUCAUGGAUUGGGCACUGUGUGUAAUGUAGGGAAGCAAGGGAAACUCGUUGUUCACUUUCAUGAUACAGGAGCGUUCAAAUCGUUACCUUCAGAAAAUUUAGAGCCAGUACCAAUUUUGAACUUUAAGCUUGAAAAAUUACCGAUGGAUGAUAUUUUUCAAAAUUUUUGGACAGCUGCCCUCUCUACAGUAACUGUGUCACACGAAUUCAAAAGUAUCAGCCAAGUUAAAUUGGUACUUGCAGCCCUCAGAUCUUGCUCAGCUUUGUUCAGUCACACAGCUUACUUACGAACGUUUCUGAGCCACUCCAAUUCUCUCAUGUUGCAGCGAUUAAUUUCUGCUGCAGCGCAACCUUCUCUCUUGAAACCAGAGUACAGUCGUCAACAGCUUGAAGAAGCAGCUACUGAGAUAUGUCAGCACCUGUCAGCUGAGUGUAAGUUCAUCACAGAGGACCCAGAUCCAUCCAAUAGCAAAAGUUCCAAAGCAAAAGUGUUAGUCACAUCUCAAUCACCCUUUGUGAAUCAAUUCAUUGAAAUGGGUUUCUCUAAAAGAGCAGUGGAAACAGCAGUCAGUUUUGUUGGAGAGCAUUGCGAGAUUGAACCACUCAUCACCUGGCUGCUAGAUCAUGUUGAUUUUUUCUCAGAAGAAAAUGAAUCUAGUACGUCCAUCCAUAUUUGCUCCGACAAAGAUUCCUCCUCGUCGGAUGACAUGAAUACAGAAGACAAUAGCUCCUCUGCUUAUGAUAAGCCAACUGAUUUCCAAACCUUCGAGGAGUAUGUUAAUUAUGUAAGGAAUAAUUGUAAAGUAGGAAUGCUCGUCCGAUGCCGUAAGAAUUUAGAAACUGUCUGCAAGGGUAGCACAGGAACAGUAUUAAAUAUUGAAGAAAACGAAGGUUCGAAAUUAGAGGUUUUAGUGGAAUGGAAAGCUCAAAAAAUACCCUUGUGGGUUGAAUUUGGACAAAUAGAACUACUUGGCCCAUCAAAAGUGUCAUCCGAAUCGAAAGUUGAAAUUGGAGACAAGGUGAAGAUUAAAGUUUUUGAUCCUGAAGUAUCGUCAAAUUUUCAUGGUAUUGGAAUAGUGAAAAGCAUUGACAGUUUAACCGGAAAAUUAUAUGUUGAGUUCUCAUCAAAGAAUAUCUGGUCUGGAUCAGUGGAUGAAGUCAAUCUAGUAGAGUCACACAAAGAAAAUGUUUGCUCUUUGUGCCAAUCUAUGCUACUGUCUGGACCUAAUUUGAAGUGCAAAUCUUGUGAUAACAAGAAUUACUUUUGUAGUAGCUGUUUCAGCAUUCAUCAGAAACUUCAUCAUGAUGUGUCAAAAUUUCGCGAAUCAAGCCUCUCUGGUGUGCUUGAUAGUGAUAACAAACCCAGCAACCUAAUUGAUAAUUGGACUCAGAGUAUCUACCGAUUGACUGUCUCAUCAAAAGAAAAUACUGCUUAUAAUUUAUUAGAUGGAAACCCGGAAACCUAUUGGCAAAGUUGUGGCUUGCAAGGGGAGCAUUGGAUACGACUCGAAAUGUACCCAGAUGUUUUAAUUCAUAAACUUCAGGUCACCCUAAACCCUGCUGACAAUAGCUACAUGCCAUCUUGUAUUGUUGUCAAUGCUGGCUCAUCAUUUGCUGCUCUGUAUGAGCUUUAUUCCAUUUAUAUAUCAUCAACUGAUACCACUGUCACUCUGUUGUCAGGAUUAAAUCGUUACUAUCAAUGCGUGGAGAUUAUCAUCAAACAGUGUCGAAAUGGUGGUAUCGACUGCAAGAUUCAUAAUUUACAACUGAUUGGCAAGAAGAAACAAGCUCAAACUGAUGUACAACCAUUAAUUCCAUUCUUGUCCACUGAUUAUUCAACCAUGCAAGACUCAUUAAGUUACAAAGUCUUUGUUUGGGGUCUCAAUGACAAAGAUCAACUAGGCAGUUUGAAAGGCUCAAAAGUGAAGUAUCCUGUUUAUUCUGAAGUCCUCUCAUCUUUAAAACCAAUCCAUAUUGCAGGCGGCUCAAAGUCUCUUUUUGUUGUCUCUCAAGAUGGUAAGCUCUAUGCUUGCGGUGAAAGCACAAAUGGUAGAUUAGGUCUUGGUCAAACUAAUAACGUCUCAAUUCCUCGAGUGGUUUCAGCUUUAAGCCAAUAUGUCAUCAAGAAGGUUGCCGUACAUUCAGGAGGUAAGCAUGCCAUGGCCCUAACUCUUGAUGGAAAAGUUUUUUCAUGGGGCGAGGGUGAUGAUGGUAAAUUAGGACAUGGUCAUCAGCUUAGCUCAGAUAAACCUUGCAUGAUUGAGUAUUUCAAAACGAAACGAAUGCGUGACAUAGCGUGUGGGAGUUCACACAGUGCCGCUAUUUCGUCGAAUGGUGAACUAUACACGUGGGGUCUUGGAGAGUACGGUCGAUUAGGUCAUGGUGACUCACUCUCUCAGUAUCGCCCAAAGCUGGUCAAAUCGCUUCUAGGGAAACAUGUGGUGAAAGUAGCGUGUGGUAGCCGUGAUGCUCAAACUCUUGCUUUGACUAACACCGGAAUGGUCUUUUCAUGGGGUGAUGGUGACUUUGGAAAAUUAGGAAGAGGUGGUAGUGACGGCUGUGAUAUUCCAUGCAACAUUGAAUUUUUGAAUAAUCUAGAAGUUUGUCACAUUGAGUGUGGAGCCCAAUUUUCAUUGGCUCUCACAAAAUCCGGCCAGGUGUGGACUUGGGGCAAAGGCGAUUAUUAUCGUUUAGGUUUAGGUUCUGAUUCCCAUGUGCGCAAGCCGACUCUCGUCGAUGGCUUACGAGGAUUGAAAAUUGUUGAUGUAGCUGUUGGAGCCUUACACUGUUUGGCUGUGACUGAUACAGGUCAGGUCUAUGCAUGGGGCGAUAAUGACCAUGGACAGCAAGGCAAUGGCACAACUCUUGUCAACAGACGGCCAGCUCCAAUAGAAGGUUUUGGGGAUGUUCAUAUCAAUCGAGUGGCUUGUGGAUCAUCUCACUCAAUAGCUUGGAAUGUCGUCGAUGAACCAACUACAGCUCUCCUGGAACCAGUCCCCUUUGAGUCUGCUAAAGAUUCGCUUGGAGCUUUUUAUGUCCAAAAACAACAAAAACCAAAACAAAACGAGGCCAAUGCAGAAAACAAAUUACUUAUCGAUAGCGUUUUGAAUUUGGAAGUCAUUUCGACGAAACAGCUAGCCUUGCAACAUUUAGUAAAUGGACUAUGUAUAAUGUAUGCACGUGACAUCGUAGUUGCAGCUUUAUCCAAUCAAGUAAUUUCAGACUUUCAAAUCAAAAGCCCUGAGAGCAGUUCAAUUGUUGGACUUGGGCAAAAUGUAGAAAUUCCCUCUGAUGGAGGUGAAGCCUUAGCAUCGGCAGAUGGUGUCAUGUUGAGCUUGCAACCGAUCUUGGAAAGUCCAGACACCAUUCAAUAUUCUUUUUCGAGUUCUACCAGCCUGUCUUCAAGAAUAUCCACUGCUGUCUCGGUCACUGCAAUGACAAUGAAAAAUCAGAUUUUAGACCUGGAGGCAGACAAAAAUUGUAAUCAACCCGUCUGUGAAAUUGUUCAUUCCUUAAGUUUAAAUGAUGCACGAAUGCUUGUGGACUUAUUGAAGCUUGCUAUUGUAGACCGAGCAGGUAAAGAUUCCAAAGAAACUAUCACCAAAGUUUUGAUUAGUCUUGCUCUUUCAUUCAGUCAUGUCGCUUCGAUGUUGGUUGAACUGUGUGUCACUGAGCUAGAAGAUGUUGCUUUAAAUAGCAAUAAUAUUUUGUCAGCCCCUCAGCCAGUUGUGCAAGAAAGUAGUCAUCCUUAUGUUGAUGAUGACUCUUUAGGUGGUCAUGUAAAAAUUCCCGGUGCCGAAUCUCUGAGACUUGAAUUUGACAGACAGUGUUCAACAGAACGUAAGCACGAUCCUUUAACUAUCAUGGAUGCUAGUGGGAAAACUAUUAGUGUACGCUCAGGACGAGAAUUGAAUGACUGGUCCUCACCCCUCGAAGUACAAGGCAAUGAAUUAUUCUGGAAGUUUACAAGUGAUAGCUCGAUCAAUGGCUGGGGUUGGCGGUUCACCGUCUAUCCGAUCAUAUCAACCCAAGCAAGAAUGGGAUCAGACAGAGAUUUACUGUCACGACCAUCAGUUGAAUUAGUUAUGUGUCUACUAGAUUCUUGUCUACCAUUAGUACCAGAUAUGAAUUUGGCAACCAGAUUAGCCUCUGCACUAGCAGCGUGUGCUCAGUUGUCCUCUCUUUCAUCACGGGAGCGAAUGUGGUGCCUCCAACAGCUGAGGAAGCUAGUAAGUUUUCCUGUCAAUAAUUGUCUUGAUAUUCCAUCAAUAAUGUCAAGUUCGAAAAGUGGUGACUCUCCUCUUGUAAGUUUAUUUCAAGGUUUGCCUGAAGCUCUUCUCCGUCAGUAUGAAUUUGAAGAUCCUAUCGUCAAAGCGAACCAGCAGCUGAUGCACAGUGCAUUUUUCAAAGCCUUGAUCGCUCUUGCUUGUGAAUUGAAGCUUGAUGUACUACCAUGUUGUAGUGACAACCCCAAGUGGAACUGGUUCAAGAAGUACUGCAUUGCAUCGAGAGUUGCCAGUUCUCUCAUCAACCGAACUGACAUACCUGAAUCCUUCUGCUCAGAGGUCAGAAAACUGAUAGUCGAAGUUGAUGGGUGUGCGGACUCAGCCAUCGCUGCUCAUGAAAAUCACAAUGUUUUCAAAUUAGAGCAUGAUGAACAACUCCUACUUUGGUUAAGUAGGCGUCCUGAAGACUGGUGUUCAUCCUGGGGUAAAAGUGGUAUCAUUUACGGUUGGGGUCAUAACCAUCGUGGCCAGCUGGGUGGUGUAGAAGGGUCUAAAGUCAAAAUUCCAACGCCCUGUGAAGCUUUGUCCGCACUGCAACCAGCCCAAAUAGUCGGUGGAGAACAGACCCUAAUGGUUGUCACUACUGAUGGUAGAGUUUAUGCCACUGGUUUAGGUGCAGGUGGAAGACUUGGAGUUGGUAGCUCUGAGACACUCAUGAUACCAACUCUAAUUGAAACGCUACAAAAUGUUUUUAUCAAGAAAGUUGCUGUUAAUUCUGGAGGCAAGCACUGUUUAGCCCUCUCAUCUGAAGGUGAAGUUUUUUCAUGGGGCGAAGGAGAAGACGGGACACUUGGUCAUGGCAACAGAAACACUUGCGAGAACCCCACUUUAAUCGAGGCUUUGGUUGGGAAAGAAAUAGUAAAUGUCGCAUGCGGUGGGGCUCACUCAGCUGCUAUUUCGUCCAGUGGUGAGCUGUAUACCUGGGGGAAAGGCCGCUAUGGACGACUGGGACAUGACAACAGUGAGGAUAUGCUGGUUCCUACACUGGUUGAAACGUUAUUGGGAUACCGUGUUGUUGAUGUAGCCUGUGGAAGCGGGGAUGCACAAACACUCUGCAUCACUGAUGACGAUUCCGUUUGGUCAUGGGGUGAUGGUGACUAUGGUAAACUUGGUCGAGGUGGCUCAGACGGUUGCAAAGUUCCUAUGAAAAUAGAGUCUUUAACUGGUCUUGGCGUGAUAAAAGUUGAGUGUGGAUCUCAGUUUUCAGUGGCUUUAACUCGAUCAGGAAGUGUAUACACCUGGGGCAAGGGUGAUUACCACCGAUUAGGGCAUGGUUCGCACGAGCAUGUCAGACGACCUCGAAUCGUCGAAGCUUUAGAGGGGAAGAAAAUAGUCUGUAUAGCAACGGGCUCACUACAUUGUGUUGCAUGUAGUGAUCAAGGUGAAGUGUUUACCUGGGGUGACAAUGAUGAAGGCCAGCUUGGUGAUGGCACCACCAGCGCAAUUGAAAGACCCCGCCUGGUGCUUGCAUUAGUCGGCAAGAAAAUCAACCGUGUUGCAUGUGGAUCAGCGCACACUCUUGCCUGGAGCACUGACAAAUUGCUGCAUUCAGUUGCUCUGCCUCCAUCAAUACCAAUUGAGUAUGAUCUUUUAACAUCUUUGUCACUUUAUGUUUUGCGCAAUAGACUUAUUUUAUUACAUCAGUUUGCUGACCUUCUCUGCCCUGUGUUCACUAUGUUCCCUCUUGAAGGGGAUGUUUGUAUAGAUAAAUUGAAAAGAAUUCUUGUAUACAGCUGCAAAGAGGCAAUAUUCAGGAAAGUGAUAAGAUCAACAAUGGUGAGAGAUCGGCAGCAUGGUCCAGUCGUAGAACUCAACCGAAUCCAAGUCAAGAAAUCCCGCAACAAAGAUGGUCUUGCCGGACCCAAUGGAAUGAAAUCGGUUUUUGGUCAAAUGAUGUCUAAUCUGUCAUUAUUAACUGAUGAAAUUUUGUGUCUACCGCACCGAAUUUGGAAAGUUAAGUUUGUUGGUGAGAGUGUCGAUGACUGUGGAGGAGGGUAUAAUGAGAGUAUAGCUGAAAUGUGUGAUGAACUUGAAAACGGUUCUUUACCUCUGUUAAUUCCAACACCCAAUGGGCGUGAUGAAGCAGGAGCUAAUCGAGAUUGUUUCCUGCUUAAUCCCGAUGCUAAGACACCUCUCCAUCAAAGAAUGUUUAAGUUUCUUGGGAUUUUAAUGGGAAUUGCCAUAAGGACAGGAAAUCCUCUCAGUCUUAACUUAGCUGAACCCAUUUGGAAAUUACUCGCUGGCACACCUCUGACCUUAGCUGAUUUAACUGAAAUUGAUCGAGACUACUUGCCAGGAUUGCUAUGUAUUCGCGAUAUGAGCUCUGAUAAUCUUGAAUUGCCUUUCUCAACUCCAUCUUCCUCUGGUCAUGACAUACAUUUGUCUUCAAAACAUCAGCAGAUAACUCCAUCUAACAAGAUGGAGUACAUCCGACUAGCUCUUGAUUUUCGUCUCAAAGAAUUUGAUACACAAAUAGCCGCUGUACGCGAGGGACUUGCUCGUGUGGUACCUGUCCCCCUCUUCUCACUAUUCAGCGGGUCAGAGUUGGAAGUCUUGGUUUGUGGGUAUCCGGACAUUCCUCUGAGUCUUUUAAAGUCUGUUGCAACCUACAAAGGUGUUGACUCUCACUCUCCUUUAGUUCAGUGGUUUUGGGAGGUCAUGGAAGAAUUCACCAAUCAAGAGCGAUCACUAUUUUUGCGGUUUGUCUGGGGUAGAACCAGAUUGCCACGUUCUAUUGCAGAUUUUAGAGGUCGUGAUUUUGUUCUGCAAGUGUUAGAUAAGUACAAUCCACCCGACUAUUUCUUACCUGAAAGCUACACUUGUUUCUUUUUGCUUAAAAUGCCUCGAUAUUCGAGUAAAUACGUCUUACGAGAGAAAUUAAAAUAUGCCAUUUACUUUUGCAAAUCUAUCGACACGGAUGAUUAUGCACGAAUCGCCAUGCCAGGUAGCACCAAUACUUCUAGUAAUAGCGAUAGUGAUGGCCCAGAUAGUAUUCAAAGCGAAGACAUGUUGUCACCUCAGUUUUGAAGUGCACUCGGAAUUGCACAUUUUCAUUCUCAGUUACAUUUUCUAGUCAAUCUUCAGGCAAAAAUUUAGUCAAACCAAAUUUCGACUACCAACAUUUUGUAGACCAUUUAAUGGUUUGCGUUUGUUUAAUUAACUCUAUAUUUAGAAGUAAUCAUGAUAAAUCUGAGCUCGUUCUCAAAUAAAACAGCUAUUCUUAAAUUGACCCUUCACAUUUUUUAGUAUACCUGAGAGAGUGUACCGCAGUGUCCACGAACAUUAUGGAACACUAAUUUUUAAAAGAUUUUCUCUAAAUAAUUGAUCAUCAUGCUCAGACUAAUGCACGUCGUAAUCAUAUACCUCCAAAAAUUAUUCAACAUUAUAUCCUCUGCGGUGGUGAUGAGGGUCCUUAAGAACUUGAAAAAAUUAUACUAAAGUUAAAAGGAGGAAAGCAAGUAUAGCACAAAAAGGAAUUUUUUAUUUUGAUUACUGAAAAAUUUACUUUAUAAUUUAGAUGAGGUAUGUUUACUAUCUUUCCUUCACGGUCAUGUUUUACUAAAGUGAAGGAACAAUUUAGUCUUGUGUUUUUGCAACAUUGCAUAAUGAAGCUCCCAUGAUGUUAAACCAAUCAAGAGUUGAUAAUUUUCUUAUUUAAUUAAAUAGACAUAAUUCCAAUGUUUUAUUAUUUCACUGUGCGUUUCCUUUUUACGUAUGUAAUAUUGUCUUUUUUAAUUGAUCAGCCAUUUUUAAUUUUUAUCCAGACUUUGGGGUCAGUUUGUAUCUCUGUCUCUUAGGCCUGGUCUAGAUGGCAGAAAAGUUCCUUCUCGGUGAAAAGUAGCAAGACAAAUUAGACUUUUCGAGUUCAAUGAAACAAGUGGUUCAACACACGACAACGACUAUAUUAGACUGUCUAGACCAGGCCUGAAUCCUCUUUUUCCCUUUUAUAAUGCAGUUGGUAUCACUCUGUAGAUACUGAUUGUUCCUUGUAAGCGUUUCUGUAAUGCAGUUAAUUUUUUCUGAAUUUGUCAAAAUUUUAGUCUUUUGUCAUACCUCUGCAAUUCCUUUUAAUAAUUUUUUUUCCUCUGUUCACUCAUUUUCUCACUCCUUCAAUCAAACAAUCAUGCAAUGUGUGAUUAUUAACAGAACUUGUUUUUACCGUAUAUUGAUUUGUAAAAAUUUUUUUAAAAUUCAUUUGUAAAUAAAAUUAUUGCAAUUUGUUA